CUUUGACGAGAGAGUCUGUGGUCUGCCUCUCUAUACACUCUCUAGUUUGCUGAACAAUGGGCUUCAUCGACAGCGUUCCGGUUCUCUCUCAGAUCAAGUCAGCGGUGCAGGCCGCACGUGGAGAUCUCGAAGGCGCCAGUCGAACCCAGGAGAAGUUUUCGAAAGAGUGCCCUAUCAUUUCGCAAAUGCGCUCGUUAACCGAGUCGGCGAUGGGAAACAGCGAAGCGGCUCUAAACACCCAAAAAGAGUUUUUACAAGGUCCAGGAAUGAUGCAGGCUUCCAUGGUCGUCGGAGCUGCCGCUGCACCUGCUAUAGUAUCGGCGGGUAUUGCGGCAGCAGGGUUCGGGACGGGGGGAAUUGCUGCUGGAAGUUGGGCUGCAGGAUUUAUGGCCUCAUAUGGGGGGAAUGUUGCAGCUGGGAGCGCUUGUGCGAUUUUACAAUCUGCGGGGGCCGCGGGUUUGAAUGGAACCUUUGUGGCUGCUUCUGCCGCAAUCGGUGGGUUGUUCGGGACAGCAGGUGGUGCCGGGUUAUCGGCUGCUGCAAGUAAUAUUGUUAGAGACGACGAUGCGAUGAAGGAAAAAGUGCAGGCAGAAGCGGAUAAAGUUGGUGUCAGCAAAGAUGGAGAUGAAGACGCGGAUAAAGUUGGUGCCCCAAAAGAUGGAGGUGAAGGCGCGGAUAAAGUUGGUGUCAGCAAUGAUGGAGGUGAAGACGCGGAUAGAGUUGGUGCCCCCAAAGAUGGAGGUGAAGGCGCGGAUAAAGUUGAUGUCAGCAAAGAUGGAGGUGAAGACGCGGAUAGAGUUGGUGCCAGCAAAGAUGGAGGUGAAGGCGCAGAUAGAGUUGGUAUCAGCGAAGAGGAAGAUGCAGCAGCGGAUGGACUUGGUAGCAGCAAAGAUGGAGAGGAUGUCGUCACCCGCUGA